GUAUUGACAACGCCAGGCGCACGGCGCACAGCGUGGACUUGGAGAUGUCUUGGCAGUUACGCACGACGCCACGAUAAACACGAAACCCUCCUUCAGACGGACAGGACACUUUCAAGCCGAUCUGGAAUCACUUACAACUUUUGAUUCGGAAACCACUUUCUCCCCUCCUGUCUUUUCAAUCAUUUUCGUCCUCAUUUCUUCCCCUUCACAAUAUCAGCACCGGAUCUAAAUGAGUUAUUAUUUUAUCAUUUUCAUUAGAAGAACAGAAACAAUGUAAACCGCUUGGAGAGGAAACGAACUCAGUUGAGCAGCAUCUUUUUACAGACUACAGAGAGGAUGAUCCCGCCGGCCAGCACAGUUCAGGACGAAAGUGGGGGCAACGAGGACGAACGGGACCAGAAUGAGACACCCAAAUCCCCGACGGCCAACGCCAGCCAGCAAGAAAGCAAGAAUACUGUGAGGCCUGAACAUCACAAGCGCAAGCUGCAAAGACUCAAACGCUCCCUGUCCUUCAAGACCAAGAGCAUCCGCAGCAAGAGUGCUGACAACUUCUUCCGAACUAGCAGCGAAAACAAGACGGAGCUCCUCUCUGACGUGAGCAGCAGCACGGGCCAUCUUUGCAACAUUGGGAUGGCCCCACCUCACAGCACCAACCUCCCCAUUCCUCCGGUUCCUCCGGCCAUUCCCUGCGCUCCUCCUCCCACAUCACGCUCCCAGCCACGCAAUCCGAUGCAGGUAGACUCGGCAGGACACUGCUUCAUGGAGCACAUAUUUAAGAAGCCCACGUUCUGCGACGUCUGCAACCACAUGAUUGUAGGCACAACAGCCAAGCAUGUGGUGUUCCUGGCGGGAAACACGGCGAAGCACGGCCUCCGCUGCAAAGCCUGCAAGAUGAGUCUCCACCACAAAUGUGAGAACGGUGUUGGGCAGCAGCGCUGCAUGGGAAAACUGCCAAAAGGCUUUCGGCGGUACUACAGCUCUCCAUUACUGAUCCAGGAACAGUAUGGCUGCAUCAAAGAAGUCAUGCCUAUUGCCUGCGGCAAUAAGGUGGACCCUGUGUAUGAAGCCCUGAGGUUUGGUACAUCAUUGGCACAAAGGGCAAAGAGGGCCAGCGGUUCUGAAUCUCCACACAGAAACUCUACCAGUGAUUUGGAUAAGGUUCCAGAGGAAGUUGUGGCUCACAGCAGUAGGCAGGAGCUGUCGAGAAAACACAGCGAUGAUGUUUUUACAGUCAUAGAGAACGGGACAGAGCAGUACCACCAGCCAGAAAGAAAACCCGACAGUUUUCCUAUGGAGCAGAGCCAGCUACAGAAGGACGUCCUCAAGCUGAACACAUAUGUGGCCUUGUACAACUUUACCGCCCAAGAGGGCCAUGACCUGGAGAUGAGAGCAGGAGACAGGAUCUUAGUGGCUGAUGACUCCAAUGAUGACUGGUGGAAGGGGGUAAUUGAGGACAGGAUCGGAUUCUUCCCAGCAGCCUUUGCUCAUCAAUUGCGGGCUGGUGACCAAGUGUUCAGGUGUAACAGGACGUUCAUUGGCUGCAAGGAGCAAGGCCAGAUCACUCUGAAAGAGGGACAGAUCUGUGUGAGCACUGAGGGCGAGCGCAGCGGCUUCAUCAGAGUGGCGAGUGGAAAGAAGAGAGGUUUCGUGCCCUGUGAUGUUCUGGAGAUCAUCUGAGGCAAACCUUCAGAAAAAUGAAGACGGAGACGGAGAGCGUAAGAGCGAGAGAGAAGUGGGGGAGGCGGGAUCCGCCACCUGGAGGUUAGAGGAAGCGACGACAAGUGAGGGAGUUCACCUCGUCAGAAACUGGAGUUUGAACUCGUGAAAGUCGUGCUUGCUUUGUCAACGCACCCUCCACUUUAUUCCCUCUCGAUACAAAAGGAGAGAUGAGAUGACAGAGAUUUGCUCAGAAGAUGAACUUAAUUUUGUUUGCAAGGAGACGGGAGAUCACUGUGUCACUGGAUUUUAUUUAAAUUUAUCCAAUAUGUUUGUUUUUUUAAAAUUUACCCUUAGUUUUAUUCAGCCUGUUUACUUUUUGAAAGCACGGCGAACAUUUUAAUUUUAAGCCUAAAAACAAACAAACACAUGAAUGAUUAUUUUUCAGGAUAUAAAUGGAAUUCCUUUAAAUAGUUAAGCUCCUCGUGCUUUAAUAUUAUCCUCCAAGCAGAAAUAAAGUAAAUGCAAUAUAGUGUAACAUCUAAGCUGGUUGUUUUGAAUGGCAGAGGCCACAGCAUCAGAGGGCAAUGGAAAAUAAACUGAAAUGAACAUAUUCGAGCCACUUGUAUAAACCUUUACUGCAAAAAUUUGAUUAUUUAAGAAUCCAAUUUGUCCUGAAUAUCUCUACAGAGUCCUCCAACAGAAGUAAAAUAUGCUUCUUUUAAAGCACAUGAAGCAAAAAAACAAAAACAUAAAUGCAUAAGCGAGUAAUUUCAAAAGAGUUUAACAAAAGCAAAGGCUUUGGAAAUUCUCUGUGGUCUUCCAGAAUAAUCGCCCGCACACUCCCAAGCUUCACUGUCCUUCCACUGUCUUUAGUUUCAAGGCUUUUCUCAGUUUUUUUGUUGAUUUAUUAACUGCUAUAAUUUUUCAUCAAAGAUUUACAGUACGACAGUAUAAUAAGAACAGAGGAUUUUUUUUUUUUUAACCAUUUACUGAUCACAAUGUGUUUAAUCUGCUGGAAAUGGCUGUGGAAACAAACAUUUAAGAAAACAUAUAACUGAAUGACACAUUUCUAGUUUAAAUGUGAUCACUCGUGUGGUUUUCCUCCUUCUCGGCAGACUCUCAUAAGCAGGACUUCAUGUUUCAGAUUAUAGUCAGUGCAUUUACAGCAAGCUGUUGCAUCAUAGUAGAUAUAGUAUAUCUGUUAAAGGUUGUUCAGCACUGAAACUUGGCUUUAUUGAAUGUCCAAGAAACCUUUAUUGUACACAAUGUAUGUACAAGAAUAAAAUUCCUUCUUUAUCACAGUAUUCUGCAGACGGUUAUUCACUGAAAGGCUUCACUUACAGUCACCUCACGGCAACUGUAAGUGACUGCUGGGACCUUUCUGUGUGGCAUUUGCAUGGUAAAUGGUAUGGUACUUACCCAGUGCCUUUCAGCUGAAUUGUGCUUUCAGCUACAAGUCUCAUUCACCCAAUCAUACUGUAUACACAUUCAUACAGAGCUUUUAUCUACACCUAAGCACUUUUAUCUAAUAUUCACACAUUCUGAUGGAUCCAACUCAGGGAUUCAGAAUCUUGCCCAAGACUACUUUGACACAUGGACUGUAGGAGCUGGAGAUCGAUCCACCGACCCCACUCUACCACCUGAACCACUGGUGAUUCUAAAUUGGCCAUAGGUGUGAGUGUAAAUUACAGUAUUCAAAAGUGUAUUAUGAGCAUAUUUAUGCCUUGUACUUUUUAACCCCUGACUGACUCAAAUAUAUAUAUAUUUUAAAUCUGCGAUCACAUUUAUAAUGUCUUUAUUCACAAAAUGAAUUUUAUGUGUAAAUCUGUGGAUUUGCAAAUGCA